AUGACCCAUCGGUUCGUUUCAAAGCUCUACAGAACUGUGAAACGCAGUUGUACUUUGGUAGGCCAGUUCUAUGCUGCUCCUCUGAUGGACUGCCCUGCCGAAUACCUCCAUGCAGGGCUGAACUUGACAGAGAAGUAUCAGCGCGAAUAUCAAGUACCUAACAUAAAGCCGGCGGGCCUCGGCAUCGUGAUUAGAUGUAUCACGUCCUGGGGUCCGCACGCGUACAAGGCUGAAAGCCGUCAGAAGCACCGACAACUAGCUGCUUGUCAUACAGAUCGGUCGUCCCAAGCAUAUCGCCAGGAAACAACAGGCAUCGGAAUUGAUGAGCGCUGA